AUGUCCUGUAGAGCUGAUGUGGAUGUGGACUCUCCUGAGUGUUCCGCGUGCGUUUGGAGAGAACAGAGUAAAGUCUUACGGCUGGAAACAAUCAAAUCACAAAUCCUUAGCAAACUGCGCUUAAAGCAAGCGCCCAACAUUAGCAGAGAGGUGGUAAAUCAGCUUCUUCCCAAAGCACCUCCGCUGCAACAGCUCCUGGACCAUCAUGACUUCCAGGGGGACGCAUCCUCCCUAGAGGAUUUCAUGGACGCCGAUGAGUAUCACGCCACCACCGAGUCUGUCAUCACCAUGGCUUCAGAGCCUGAACCUCUCGUGCAGGUGGAUGGGAAACCCAGCUGUUGUUUCUUCAAGUUCAGUCCAAAACUGAUGUUUACCAAAGUCCUGAAAGCCCAGCUGUGGGUUUAUCUGCGGCCACUACAGCAAACUUCCACUGUUUACCUGCAGAUCCUUCGCCUUAAACCUAUCACUGAGCAAGGAAGCAGACACAUCCGCAUCCGGUCACUCAAGAUCGAGCUCAGUUCUCAAGUGGGUCAUUGGCAGAGCAUUGAUUUCAAACAUGUGUUGCAGAACUGGUUCAAGCAGCCACAUACAAACUGGGGCAUUGAUAUAAACGCCUAUGACGAGAGUGGCAAUGACCUGGCUGUGACGUCUCUGCGGCCUGGAGAGGAGGGACUGCCAUUCCUGGAGGUCAAGGUUCUUGAAACAACCAAGCGAUCACGAAGGAAUCUGGGUCUUGACUGUGAUGAGCACUCCACAGAAUCCCGCUGUUGUCGCUACCCGCUCACAGUGGACUUUGAAGCUUUUGGCUGGGACUGGAUCAUUGCUCCUAAACGUUACAAGGCAAACUACUGCUCAGGCCAGUGUGAGUACAUGUUCAUGCAGAAGUACCCACAUACUCAUCUGGUGCAGCAUGCCAAUCCCAGAGGCUCAGCAGGGCCAUGCUGCACACCCACGAAGAUGUCUCCGAUAAACAUGCUCUACUUCAAUGAUAAACAGCAGAUAAUCCAUGGCAAAAUCCCAGGAAUGGUGGUGGACCGUUGUGGCUGUUCAUAGAAUUGUGGAUUUUUGGUUGAGCUAAGGGGAAGUGAUUGAGGGAGGGUGUCAGGGAUGCAGUCUAAAAUCUGCUAGUCUCUACAAUUUCCUUAUAUUUUCCGUACAUUCUUUGGAAAGAAUACUACAUAAUGUACAGAGAACAAAAACAUAUUUGUAGUUUCUUUCGCACAUCCAGCAGAACAGUCCAGGAUAAAUCCUAAUAUGAUUUUUAACUUUAUUAUUUGAAUCUGAAUUUUUGUUCUACCAACAAUUUUGUACACACAAGACUUGGCUGCUUAGUUUUUAUUUUUUAAUGCAUUGCGCUGGGUAGCUCUGGCCACAUUCAAAGAGAUUCAUAGGUCCAAAAUUCCACUCUGCAGCAAAUAUAUUCUCAUUGCCUGUGAUUUUGCUACUUUGUGCAGUAUUCCACAUUCAGAGAGAAUAGAAAAAAUUCUUGGUGCAUUGAAGAAAUGACAGGAGACACAUGCACCCCACCCCCUCCACUAAUGCUGCUACCACAAUGGUGCGACAUUCUCAAUAAUCUAAGCACCCUUUCAUGACUUUGAUCCUCUUUUUACUCUUGAUCUUGUAAAAAGCAAAAGGAAAAGUGAAGAAAAAGGAAGACAUUUUUAUUUUUAAUACUUUUAAGGAGAAAAGGAACAUAACUAAUGGUGCUUUUAGCACUAUUAAUGUAUUUCAGCAACUGCGAUGGACAAAAUCAUCUUAGUAAAAAAAAAAAAUAAUAAUAAUUUAUUUAAAAAGAUGUCACACAUAUCUAGAGUGUCACACACAGCAAUUUAAUGGUAAUUUGUGUAAAGCUAAUGUUUCCCAUGAACUAAGUUUGGUUUCAGUAAUUUGGAUUCAGUGAUUUAUUGGUAUCAAAAAAUCAGUGUUAAAGUAAAACAAAAUAAUACAUGUCCAUGGCUAUAUUCAGUUUUCAGCUGUACUGAAUACAGUUAAAUAUGGGUCCCUAUGCUGACACAGGUAUUUACAUCAUCAUUCUGUAUUUAAUCAAAUAUCAUUCUUGCCCCUUGCCAACCUUUAAUGGUACAGUAAACUUAUUUGGGAGUGCUGAAAAAGCAAAGGAUGGAGAGGGGGAAAAGUAGAAUAGAAAUCUUUUUCUAUUCUUCAAAGAAGUCCCUUUGUUGAAAACAAAAGCACUAUAAUGUUGGAUAAAAGAGGAGCCUUCUUACACUAAAUCUAAGUAAUAUAUGUAUAUAACAGAGAAGAAAAAAAAAAAGCGGGGGGUGGGGGGGGGGGGGGGGUGCAUAUAAAAGAUUAUUUUGGGCACUCUACUUACCAACAAUAAAUUUUGCACUACGGGAAGUAAAUGGCAAGAGGAAUCAUGUUGUUGUCUCCAUUUGUUUUUGACCUUUUCAAGCACAAGAAUUUGUAGAUGGAUUUUAUUAACUGACAAAUGUCUAAGGAGUUUAUGGCCAGUCCACUAUAGUGUAUCUGUUUUGAUCUCUUUUGAAAUCAUUCUGCUGAAGCAGACACUAUUAGUUGGCCUCCUCUAAGACAAACCAUACCUAAAAUUUCAAAACUGAUCUAAGCCUGGACUUUAAAAAGGAUCUGUUUUGUAAUCUUAUAAAAUCCACAAAACUGAACUCUAACGCCUUAACAUUCUAGAUGACAUUAAUUAAGUUCUAAAGUUUUGGCAACUAUUGUUUGUGAUUCAAAUAAAAGUGGCCAUGCACAAUGAGAAUGCAGGUCACAUAAGACUGGAACUUAGUGGCUUACAAUGAACUUUUUUUUUUUUUUUUAACUUGGUUCAGAAUAGAAACAAGGUUAUAUGGGCCAGUAACUACCAGUAGGGAUUUUUCAGUAAGUAAUUAUCUCUACUGAAAACUAAAUCAAUCACAAAAUAAGUAAAAACUACCUCAUCAAAAGGUUUGAAGUCUUACUAUAAAAUUAAAAUUGACAAAUUUUAUAGUAUCUCAAGAGCUAAAAUCCUCUAUAUUUAUGGUCAAACUACAAAUGCAUGUAAUCACAUCAUCAAAUUUUUACUCUUGCCAUUCUAUCAGUGUUGUUUAAAACGUUAUGACUACUCUGUCAAUGUUUUUUAGAACAAUAUUAUUUGAACGAUUUACAAGUCUUCUAAAAUGUCACAGGGUUUCUAUAUUAAAGUCCUUUAAGGACACAAAGAAAGUAUGGUAAGUAUAUGGAGAUCACAAGCCAUCACCCUAAGUUUUACGAUUUGAAACUUCUGUAUAUUUUAAUGUUCUCAGUGUUUUUUGUCAUAUAAUAGGUGGGGGAAAAAAAGAAUUGUGAUCUGUAAACGUGAAAAAAAAAAAAAUCCAAAUGAAAACAUUUUACAUUACAUAGUGUUGAAAGACUCUGCUUUGAAGAUUUAUGUACUCUUUUCAGUCGUGUUCAGUCACUCUUUAUAUUGUGUAGAGAAAUUAAUUAUAAAGUAGUUUUGUUUUCAUGCAAAGAAGAAAACUUGUUCAUCAUUAUUUCUGUCCUUGUUUGUUGUUUGAUCUUUUUUUUUUUUUUUUUUUGUACAAUAAAUACUUUAUUUAGCUUACAAAAGGACUGCUUCUUUUUUUUAAUACACUAGGCCAACAUUUAUGGUGUAUCUGACAAGCUAGGAAAAGACAUCCGGAGGAUUAUGGCUCUCUUCAAUGAGCAAUUCAUUUAUUACAGCAUUUAUUAAUCUUUUUAAUGUUUAUUUAAUAAAAACACUGUUCAUUGUUAGUUCAAGUCAUCUCAUGUCCAUUAAAUAAUGUUAACAAAUACAACUUUUAAUUUUAGUAAUGUAUUAGUAAAUG